CCAUUUCCAGUUGCAACAAAGACCCAAACGAAAAGCAAUGCCUGAGACUGUGACAGCACAAGGUCCAAGAACAUCACAACCCUUUCGUUCAACCCCAAAAGACAUUGAAACCAUUCACACUGGACAGUGGCAGGACACCAAUGCAAAUAAUCAUGAUUUGGAAGUGCACUGGAAUAAUCUCCAACCUUCUAAUGAUUUCAAUGACUCCAUUGAUAUUGUUGACCUCACUGGAGCAGCUCCUAAUGUCUCCCUACAAACAGAGCCUGAGCACAUCCGUCAAGUUAAUUUUGAUGAGGAACCGGUAGCAGAUGAUGCAGAUACAGUCCUAUGGGAUCCAGAAGAUAACAGCAGAGCAGAUGGAGAUGAGGCAGUUGUAAUCACAUUGCACUACAUCAACAGUGAGGAUAUCACACAGAGUACUGAGAUGAAUGGACUCCCAGUGCCCUCAUCUAAUGACCUGCCUACACUAGCUCUGGAGUCCAUAGAUGGGGAGGCAGUGCAAACUGCACAGCACAGUGGACCGACUCUUUUACCACAAGAUCCAAGCAGCCAGCCUUCGCUAUCAACCUCACCUGACAACCCAGGGAAUCCAGAGAACACGCGGCGUAUGUCAAUUCGUAGGAUUAAAGUUGUUGAAGAUCUUUUGUCUGUAUUUAUGGACAGUAGCAUAAUGUAUUUGACUCUUAAGAUGUACUUUGUAAAUGAAAAUGCUAUUGAUGAUGCUGGAGUGUCAAGGGAGGUUUACACUGCAUUCUGGGAACAAUUUCUUGAACAGUGUGAAGGGGAAACGGAGCGAGUGCCGAGGCUGAGGCCAGACUUCUGUGAGGCUGAAUGGCAAGCGGUUGGGCGGAUCUGGGUGAAAGGGUUAUUAGACCACGGUGUCAUGCCCGUGAAGCUCUCAAAGGCUUUCAUUUUAGCCUGUAUUCAUGGCAUUGACUCAGUUGAUGUAGACGUCCUGAUGACAUCAUUUUUCAAUUUCCUUCCUCCUGUUGAGAGAUCAGCUGUUGAGAAGGCUCUCCAGGGGACAAUGGAGGAAAGUGAUGAAGAGGAUUUGCUUGACCUCUUUACGAGGAUGGGUUCCCAUUUCCUACCUCCAAAGAACAGCAUGCAAACUGCCAUAGAAACAAUGGCUCACAAGGCUAUUCUACAAGAGCCAAAAUACAUAAUCGAUUGCUUCUCCACACCCAUGGCAGUUUUGCAGCAUAAACUGUCAGAAAAAGGAAGUGUAUUGUCUCUUUAUGAGGCAAAGAAGGCCACAGGCAAAAGAGUGUCGCAGCUUUUGGAAACAACAAACAUGGUGCUGUCACAGAGAGAGCAGGCAACCUUUAACCAUCUCCAACGUUACAUAAAAAAUGCUGACCAAACUAAAGCUGAAAAAAUCCUGCGUUUCUGCACUGGUUCAUCUGUCAUGUGUGUUGACAAAAUCAUGGUAUGCUUUAAUGCUGAAACUGGACUAAACAGAAGGCCUGUUGCUCAUACCUGUGGUGCCACCCUUGAAGUACCCUGCACGUACAGCUCUUACCCUGAAUUUCGUACAGAAUUUGACAACAUCCUGUCCAGUAACUACUUUCAAAUGGACAUCCUCUGAACCUGAGAGGGCAGUCCUGAUCGACACCCAGUCCUGCGACACUCUUUUGCCUGAGAGGGCAGUCCUGAUCAGGCCUCAUAGGAACAGGCCUCUGUUAUAUGGCUGAUCAUGUUCUUGAUCAAGUUCUUGUUUUCACAUCUAAACAUUUGAUGCACUUUACUGUGUGUAGGGGAAUGUGCAAUUCUAUUUUAUUUUUUGUCUUAAUUUCUUUGUCUUAAUUUAAUUUUAAAAUGUGCAUCUUAAUUGUAUUAGUGUCAUACCAGUUUGAUUACUCUGGAAAAUC